CCUCACGCCUUUUUGCGUUUGCCUUUCUCCCCACACAGAACAGGUUCUCAAGCGUUGAUGACGAGCCGUCGCGAAGCACACCUCAAGUAAACCACCACACACGGAAUCCGACGCCAGAUCUGUCAAACGAUGCAUGUGAUGUGCGUCUGUGUAUACGUCAGGGAGGCGCUGGGAGAUGACCUGUACGCCCGUGUGAAGCGUUCGCGGCUGCUGGUGGUCGGUGCGGGCGGCAUUGGCUGCGAGCUGCUCAAGAACCUGGUGCUGGCGGGAUUCGACGACAUCGAUAUCAUCGACCUGGACACCAUCGAUGUGCACACGCCCACCACACUCACACAGAUAGAUGCACACCUACACACAGAUGCACGUGUGUUUGUGUCGGUGUGUGUAGGUGUCGAAUUUGAAUCGUCAGUUUCUUUUCCGCAAGCACCAUGUGGGCCAGCCCAAGUCAACCGUGGCCAAGGAGAGCGUGGCCUCUUUCAGCCCGCACACACGCAUCCAGGCCCACCUCGGCAACAUCAUGGAACCCAGAUUCGGUAACCACACACACCACACACACUGAUGACACCCUCAGAGUGUGUGUGUGUGUGCAGCGUGUCGGUACUUCAGUCAGUUCGACGUGGUGUUGAAUGCGCUCGACAACGCCAAGGCGCGCAGCUACGUCAACUCCAUCUGCAUCGCCACAGGUACGCACACACACACACACACAGCCGCACCCACCCUGUGUGCUGUGUGUGUUGUGUAUGGGUGUGUGUCUAUCUCUCUAUCUGUCUAUCCAUCAGAACGUCCGUUGAUAGAGAGCGGCACUACAGGCUUUAAGGGUCAGGUGCGCGUCAUCGGGGGCGACGUCGAGUGCUACGAGUGCCAAGUCCAGACGAACACGGAACAGACCUUCGCCGUCUGCACAAUCCGAUCCACACCCGACAGACCGGUCACCCUCACUCACUCACUCACCAUACACACUCAGCACCCACCUUGCUGCCCAUGCAAUUAUGUUGCCGAUUCUUCGGUAUCUGUGCGUGUGUGUGUGUGUGUGUGUGUCUUCAGGAGCACUGUGUGCAAUGGGCUAAGUACUUGUAUGAGCUGAUGUUCGGCGACCCGAACGACGACAACCUCCUGGCCGACCUCAAACACGAACUCAAGCAGGAGGAACACGUGGGCUGCCCAACAUGAAUGGCACACACUGAGCCGGGCAGGCAGAAAUGUGUGUGUGUGUGUGUGUGUGUGUGACGGUGGUCAGUCUGACCACAACGGCAAGUUGGUGGCCGACAGGUUUGCCGAGAACAUCUUCAACAAGCUCUUCAAGAAGUGAGUGUGGGCAGGACAAUGAAUGCAUCACACACCUACGCGACGCUGCGGGCGGCACACAUGUGUUAUGUAUUGCAGGGACAUAGAGCAGAACCGCGAGCUUCAGGACAUGGCCAAAAACUUCUUCAGACCACCGCCAAUGUGCGCAUCACACCCACACCCACACUCACACACACAUAUAUACACCGGCAUCAUGUGUGUGUGUCUUCGAUCAGUCCCCUGUCGUUGGACGGGGCCAUGCGGCUGACCGACGGCAACGGCAACAUCCAUGGGGCCAACGGCAACGCAUCAAGCAGCAGCAGCACCACCAACGCCGGCACUCCCGCUGCUAUCGCCGAACAAAAGGUGACGAGGAAUGGCACACGGACAAACCACACACACAUUGAUGGCCUCUAUGUCGGAUGCGUGUGUAUGUGUGUGCGCAUUCAGGUGUGGUCAGUUCACGAGUGCGCGCAGAAGUUCAUCGGCGCCAUCACGACCAUGUACAACGAACGGUACGCAGCCCAUCCCCCCACCCAGCUGCCUAACACACAUAUAACGCGUUACAUCACGUCGUUAUGCAGUGGCGAUGAGGUGGGGACUCUGCAAUUCAGCAAGGAGGACCCCAUCGCUGUCGACUUCGUCGCAGCCGCAUCCAACCUCAGGAGCCACAACUUUCACAUAGCUAAAAAGGUCAGCCUACCACGGUCAUGCAGAUAGACACCCACCGUCAGUCAUACACUCACUGCUCACCUCCUCUGUCUGUCUGUCUGUCUGUGUGUGUGUCUCUGUGUGUGUGUCUGUCUGUCUGUCUGUUGUGUCAACGGAUGGCAUGCAGUCUCGUUGGGACGUGCAGUCGAUCGCCGGCCGCAUCGUCCCCGCCAUCGCCACCACAAACGCCAUAGUCGCCGGCCUGCAGGUACCCACACACACCUCACAUACGAUAUAUGUGGUGGGCAUGUAUCGAUUCGCCUGUGUGUGUGUGUGUGUGUGUGUGGUCCGUCGGUAUGUGGUGUGCAGACGGUUAAUUUGUAUCACGUGUUGGAGCAGGUGAUGCUGCAAGAGAAGAAGGAAGAGAAGCAGGCCGCCAACGGCACCACACACACCAACGGAGUGGCCCCACACAGUGACGACAAGAGGAGCGGCACACAACAGAUUUCACUUAUCAACUCGAAAUGCCGAAACGUGAGCGAGCAGCAAAUCAGCGCACAGACACACACGUAUGCAACGCGUCUGUCUGUCCGUCUGUGUGUGUGUGUGUGUGUCUGUGUGUCAAUCAGGCGUGGCUGCAGUUGUGGGACAGCAAGCAGUCCAAGCUGGUGAUAGGCGAGCGGCUCUCCGCCCCCAGGCCCGAUUGCGUCGCAUGCUCAUCACCGCCCGCCCGCGUCACCAUCACCGACAUGGAUGUGCGUAUGUCUAAGUCUGUCCGUCUGUCUGCGAACUGUCUGUGGAUCGGUUCGUGUGUCUUGCUGCACUGCAGUGGACCAUUGGCGAUUUCGUCGCGACCGUCAUCCAAGGUGGGUGGCUGGCUAGAGAGCUGGUGUGGUCAGCUCCGGCACGUAUCGGUGUGUUGUGUGGCUGCAUCACGUGUGCAGGCGCUUUGCAAGUCAAAGAGCCGGUGGUAUACUUCAACAACGACCCCAUAUGGCAGCACCAAUACGAUGACGAAGAGGAUGACAUGGACGACGGUCAGCCACACACACACACACACACACAGGCACACCAGCCGACACACACACCAGUGUUAUAUCCCCACAGACAACUGCCCAGAGAUGUCCCUGAGUGGGCGCGGUCUCUAUGACGGCUGCAUCAUUGACAUUAACGACCUGUCAGAUUGGACGCCCGUCGAGCCCACUGACGACAACCCAAUGGGCAAAGAGGUCCGCCACCCAGCCACCCACCCCCUCACCCUACACACAUUCAUGCAUCAUGCCUUGGGGUUUGUGCAGUACAAGAGCUUCAACUGUGUGGUGUUUGCCGACGUGUCGGUGGGGUCGUGCCCUAAGGGCUUCCGCAUCGACCGCCCGCCCAAAUUCAAACCCCCACCACCCACCCCAGCCCCUCCAGCUGCAGAGAACGGCUCGACGCCGACUGGCGGCGUCAAAAGGCCGCGAGACGAAGCCAACGGGUACGCCAGAUCCACACACGACCAUCAUGUGAUGGACUCUUCUCUCGAUGUCGUUGGGGCGUAUCUGUGUGUGCAGUGAGGCGUCCGGUCUGCCGGCCGCUAAGAAGGGAAAGAGCGAUUCUGCCUCUAGUUCUGCCGCUGCUGCUGCUGGUGGUGGUGUGGGUGAGGGCGGGGAGUCGGUGCACGAUGCCAUCAUGAUCGACGAUGACGGUGACCAUAGCUACAAGGCUGCCGUGCCGGCCAAGCCCCACCAGGGCGAGGGCGACACCGUGGCCGACGCCAUGGUGGUGGACGACUGACUGGCUGAUGGAUACAGAGAUAGAUAGAUAGCCGUGCGCAGCGAUGUGAUACACACAUGUAUGGGUUUCCGCAUAGAGUGCAUCAUAUAUAUAUCGCAAGUACGGGUGCGCAUAGAUAUCGACACAAGCCGACAGCAGACUGUUUGCGUAGCUGCCCAAAAAGAAGAGGGUGCCGCUUACCGAUAAGAUGCAUCCUGAGGUAGAGAAGAUGGAAUGUGCAUUGCCGGAAAGUAAGACCAUGUUAACGGCGAGAAAGCGGUUCUCGCGAGACGGGAGACUGCGAA